UUGAGGCUUAGAAGUGGCGAUGGAUUCAAUGAGAGGACAAGGAGGCAUCCAAAUGCUACUAACUGCUGAACAGGAAGCCCAACAAAUUGUUUAUGCUGCAAGAAAUGGUAAAUUUUUGGAAAUUGAGCUGUUUUUUCUUUGUAAGGAUUUUUAUGUGUUUUGGUACUUUUCAGUUAAAACGACAAGAUUGAGGCAAGCAAAAGAAGAGGCUGAGAUGGAAGUGACAAAUUAUCGUUCCCAUCUAGAAGCUGAAUACAAGCAGAAACUAUCUGAGACCAGUGGAAGUUCAGACUCAACUGAAAAGAGGCUCGAGGUAGAAACAGAGCAAAAGAUUCAACAUCUGAAGAAAGCAGCCUCCCAAGUAUCUCCUGAUGUUAUUGCAAUGCUCACAAAGUACAUUACAACUAUUAAAACAUGAUUGAUGCAUGUUUUUGAAAUACUUUUCCUCAUGAUAUAUGUUUUUGAAAACAAUUUGGUAGCUCGAUAAGUCCAAAGCUAAUACAUGAAUAACAUGGUUAUUCAUGUAGCAUGUUUGGUUUGGAAAUAGGAAAAAAGUUAUUCAUGUAUUAAUUUUGAUACAAUGUUUGGUUGGUAGGUUUUCAAAUGUUGUGUAAAAGUUAUUCAUCUAUUAUUUUUAU